GGAAACGUGUGGUGGUGGGUGGGUGUACUCCACGUGACGUCACCGCAUCGUUCCCUGUACCCCGGGUCCAUUCAUGCCUGUCUCAUCACAGCGCCGCGCGCCUCGCCCUGUCCACACCUCACCUUUAAACCAGCGUGCUCCUGAAGGGAAACACGCGGUGAUCUGGGAUAUAUUCGUCUACUCCGACACUCAGUGUGGACUGUAAAACACGGAUAUAAACGACUGCAGCGCGAAAGGGAAACUUAUAAAACAGUUUCAUCCAAUCACAACUGACGCGUUCACGGACCUAACACCUGGACACAUCUGUCAGAGCUCGGCUGCGUGUCCACGCUUGUUAGUGACUUGGUUGACCGAUUCAGUGACAUCUGGAGCCGUGAACAUCAGCAGAGUGGACACGUCGUGCACUGGACAGAGCAUGUAGGAUGGCUGCAGACAGCUCUUUAAGGACACAUUUUUGACACAAAUUUUGGGAGCAGAGAACUAUUUCCUAAUCAAACCCAGAUGUCAGCCAUGAGUGAUGAUCCGUGCCACACUGACCUCCACAUAAGCCCCAACACGAGCCCAGUGACCAGUGCCAUCAUGUUUGCUGCAGGCGUCGUUGGCAACAUGGCUGCCCUGCUGAUCCUAGAAGUCCGGCGUUGUAGAGAUGCGAGGACAGGGGACAGGCGGUGCCGUUCAUUAUUUCACAUCCUCAUCACAUCGCUGGUGGUCACAGACCUGGCAGGCACCUGCCUCAUCAGUCCGUUGGUGCAGCUGUCAUAUUCACGUAACGACACCUUGGUGGGGAUGUCGUCUAGCAAUGACAACGUUUGUAAAUACUUUGGUUGCACCAUGACCUUCUUUAGCCUGGCCACCAUGUCGCUUCUCUUCACUAUGGCACUAGAGAGAUGUUUCGCCAUUGGGUAUCCCUACCUGUACAACCGGUACGUCACCAAGAAAUGUGCCUAUAUCACAAUCCCAUUGGUGUUUGUGUUAUGCAUAUUAUUCUGUCUCCUACCUUUUGUCGGAUUCGGUGCGUAUGUACAAUACUGCCCCGGCACAUGGUGCUUCAUUGACAUGAACCCACAAGGGAAGGAUGACAAAGCCUACGCCAACUUGUAUGCCACAGUUAUGCUCGUGCUGGUGAUGUCCACUGUGGUGUGCAAUGGUUUUGUGGUGUAUCAGCUGUUCAAGAUGUACCAACGUCGGAGGAGGAACGGCCGCUCAAUGAUGGGGACCACAAGAUCCAGCAGCGACCGGAAGGCAAUGUCUAUGGCUGAGGAGGUGGAGCAUCUCAUCCUGUUGGUUUUCAUGACCAUUAUCUUCAUCAUCUGCACACUGCCACUGGUGAUCCGGGUGUAUCUCAACUCCAUAGGGGACACGGAGUCUCACCGCCUGGACCUGAUCGCCCUGCGCUUCAUCUCCGUGAACUCCAUCAUCGACCCCUGGGUCUUCAUCAUCCUGUCCCCCAGCGUGCUGCACUUUUUCUGGGCCUCGGUCUGCCGGGCCCCCAUGGGGCUCGCCAGGGGUUCCAUUUUUAAAUCAUCGCUGGCCAAAGACAAUUCUCCAGCUAACCUAGAACUGUCACGCCCAACGUGUACAACGGAGUACAACGAGCAUUCACUUACUGUGGAAACUCGGUGACCGUAGCAGUAUUUUAUUAUUUGAUAUUUAUAUUUAUUGGACAAAGGACACUUUGGAUAGUGGGAUCACAUGAAGCAGAGAGGUUUUGUGGACCACUACACUUGUAUGUGUGUUUCAAUUUGAAACCACAUCAGUUCUAUCAGCUAAUGGCCGCCUCUUCCAUACAUAUGCAUGUUGAAGGCAUACGGACACCACUAUAACUUUACAUUUGUGUAAUUGUUAUCAACAUUUCUCCUCAUUUGCUGCUUAUAUUUGAUUUCUAAUGGGAUCUGGAAAAUGAUACGGUUGAAGAGCCUGUGCAAAGACAGAAUGCAACAUACCAAAGACAUUCAUCCAUCACAUUUUUAGGAAAGAGAUUAGCUCUCUCUCAGUGAAGGAAGUGGUAACCAAUGACAAGGCCUUGCUGUACAUGCCUGCUCUGAUUUAAAUGCUGCUUUCGAAACAGUUGUUACUGGCCCUGGUGAUGGUGAGCUGAGUGAGAUGUUACACAAAGGCAUGAACCUUUUUCAUUACAUGGCAUUAACGUGUAGUUGUAUAGAGCACGGUUAAAGAAAACCCUGCAUGGAGUCCAUAGCACAGAACAUACUGCCUACAAAAAGUAAGCACAUUCACAUCGAUUGGGAUCACAAUCAAAAUAAAGUUGAACAGUGUUAAGGCCUGUUGCUACAGGAGUGAUGCAUUUUAAAAACAAGGUGAUUGUCUGAAACAUAUUAAGAUUUCAUUUAGAGACAUGUUUAUACAGGUGUAAACGAGGCUUCAUAUUAUUAGAUAUUAGGGGUAUGACUUUCUCUCUUGAGCGUUUAUGGGUCAUCAUCUUGAGAGGAUUAUCUUAUCACCUCUGAGCUUAACCCCUGACCUCAACCUCUGCUCUGCUUUGUUAACCUUUCCCCGUCCCACUCCCACCAGAUUCCUGCUCGAAAGGUCAAAGGGCAACAAGCCUGGAGAGACCCUUUUUGUAUACAACAGGAGGGAAUGUUUAUGUUGAUUAUAGUGACAAUAUUCUAUUUAUACUUACAUAGAGUAUGUGGCAUAUAUUAUAAUAAUGACAUUUUAUUUUUAAAAACAAAGGAAAAAAGGAGACCUGAAAACUUUUUCUUCUUCUUCUCAUAUAAUUAAGUAAAGUAAAUAUUCUCACAUAAUCUGGUUUAUUAAAUACUGAGUGAAUGACAGAACGCAAUUGUAGAGAAUAUGGUGCUUUUUAAAGAGCAAGCUACCUCUUUUAAUGACAAAAUAACACUGAUUGAUUUUAAUCAGGAUUCCUGUCUGUGCACAUUAUUAUUAUUCUAAGGACAAACUUGAGGUGAGUCUCUCUUUUUUAAAUGAAAUGAAUGCUGGAGCUGAAAAUAAAAGGUGCCCUUUCUUGUAAACAAAGUGAUGUUUACUUUCAGUCUCACUGGAAUAGCCUGAAUCCAUAAGUAGAGAUGUGUGUGUCAUCACCCAUGCUCAUGUAUGUGCAUCCAUGUAAGUGUGGAUGAGACAAAUAAGAUGAGGAUCCACAAUAAAAACUCCUCAGGGUACCGUUAACACUUUAGUUUCACUGGAAUUAUUAUCACCAGUUUGUUUUGGAAAAUCAUUUAAAGAUAAAAGCAUUUAAUAACGAAUAUUGUUUAUAUAGUAAAGAGUUUUAAACUGUAGGCUUUUGACAUAAAUUACCUUUAAAAAGUACCAUGUUUUGUCUUCAAUUUGUGCCAUAAAUCAGUUAUUUUGGGACAGAACUCAACUUUACCUGUCACAUUGCCUGAAAGUUAUUUGGAAACUAUGAGAAGAGCGCCCUUAAUUUGUAUCAAUCAACUUUACAGCUUCGUUUUACUGGGAAACAUCUUGAAAUGUUAGCUUUUAUUCAGUGUGUCUUUGCAGAUAAUCACCAUUAUAUGGGAGGGAGUGAGUCCACUUUAAUUGCCGUUCAGAGGCCAGAUGGAAAACGUCAUGAUUGCAGUCUGAUUAUGCUCAUGCUGUUCAAACAAGCUCAAGUGCCAACUUAAGCAAACACUGGAAAUGCAGGUUUGCUUUCAGGUCCACCAAUAAAAGUCUAAGUCUAAAAAUGUCCUGCUCCAUUAGGCCAUCAACAGUUCGCCUAUACAGUUUGUCUAAGUUAUCUGCUGCCCACCAGCGUAGCAUCGUUACAUUACAUGUCAGAUCAGACUGACUUGUUGAAAUCUGAUGAGUUUCCUGGAAAAAGCAGGCAGCUUUCCCCACUUUUCAUGUUUGCACCCCAGUAAAAGUUGCACACGGUUCACACUGGGUUAAAUUACACCACGAGGAGUUGUAACCGUUACAGCAUCUCUUCCUGUGUGUCUGGCAAGAAAAAUAAGCUACUACAGAUUUUUGGAAUCUCUGGUCGUAAACCUCUCAAAAUAGAAAAAAAAAAAAAAAAAACUCAGUUAUGCAACAACAGUUUAAAGUUAAAAGGAAGAAUUUGGUCCUCAAGUGUGUAAAAUGUGACAAGUUCUCAACUAUCGAUCAUUUUAAAGAAUGCCAGAAUGUGUGUGAGUAUCAGGUAUACGUCUGGGCUGCAAGCCUUUGUUUGAAAGUGUCAUGGUUGUGUGUAUGUCUGUGUGUGAAAGAGUGCAUGUGUGUAUGUGUGAGACAGAGCACUGGCGAUGUUGCUAUUGUGUUGUGAGAACUGCAGUUUAUUGCCUCUGUUGUUGGGUCUGUGCUCAGCAUAAAAAUGUGUCUAUGUGUUUAUGACAGUGAACUACUGCUUCUCGUGGAUGUAAUGUAUCUGUGUUAUGUCUUGCCUCUGUGUGUGUGUGUGGGUGUGGGUGUGUGUGUGGGUGUGUGGCAGUGCUUUUUCCUGUUUGUGUGUAUGUAUUUCUAGCAGAAAUGUUAAAAUAUGCAAGUUCCCACAUACAUGCUUGCGUUUCCAUGUACCUGUAGUCGGUUCAAGCUUGUGUGUACGUGCAUGCUGGUGUGUAUGUGUGUGACAGACAGCACUGAAAUGUAAUGAUGUCAUACUACAAUGCUACCUACCUGGAUGUCUUGUACUCUGUAUUUGUACUGUAGAUGAAACUGAAUGCACUGAGAACACGGACAUGUGUUUUAUGGCUUGUGUCAAUAAACAUCCAGCACAUA